AUAAUGAAGUAGAAAUAACAUUUUUUAUCCUCACUCUCUAUAGCUAUAGUUUAUUAGUUUAUUAGUCGUGGUCUCACAGUGCGCAGGCGCAGAGGGGUCAACAGGUCAUGUUUACCACUGACGGGUCAUUUCCGCCAAAUGCCCGAGCCCACGAAUUGCCAUCUCAUAGCGCGCACUGUACAGUGUUGGCUUAUUCGGAUGUUUGAACUUUGCGAAUUGCGAUACUGAUCUAAGCAUUUUUUUUGUUGUUGUUGCUAACCAUCGUUAAAUUCUGGUUAACUAUAAUCUAGUUUUAGCGACGGACAAAGGUAAAAUGGCUCAGUUGACACGAAUAAAAAUGUAACUUACCUUCUUAUUUUUGUAGCGGUGAUUUGUUAUUGAGCAGCAUCACAACACGUCCUCGAUCCGCGAGUCUACCACACUUGACAAUGUUGUUAAAUUCAAGACAUAUUCUGUCCUAACACAUGGGCAAUUCCUCAGCUCGGACACAUUCUCAUCUCACGGUAUAUCAAGCCCACAAAUUGCCCUGUCUGCGCAUGCGCACCUGUUGACCCCUGCGCCUGCGCACUGUGAGAAGGCAAUUCGUGGGCUCGGGCAAAUCCUGAGCUCACGACACCAGCAGUACACGCUGUCCUACACAAGCGCUCCCGCUACAUUAAAAAGGAUACGAUUUCCAAAACAACCAUACAAUGCCUUCUGCGAAUCUCACAGACAGGACAUUCGUUAAUGUCUGUCGCGGUCUCGGUCAGCAAUUGGACGAUGAAGAUUUUUGUGACGUCACUGUGACGGUUGGUGAGAAAACAUUCUCAUGCCAUCGAGUUGUGCUGGCCUCUGUCUCCGAGUACUUCAAGAGGUCACUGACAGAGAAUUGGCGAGAAGGUCCCAGCGGACAGCCUGACAUCAAACACGAAGAUGUUUCUCCGGAAGCCUUUGGAUAUUUGAUGGACAUCCUCUAUAAGGGCAGAGACAUGGUUGACAAUAACACCGCAAAGGACAUCCUCAAAAUGUCUCUCUACCUGCAGAUUAAAUAUUUAGAAGAGUACUGUGUCGAGUUUCUACAAGAAACACUUCAGCCUACUGUUUGUUUGGAAACUUGGCAAUUUGCCGAAAAAUACUAUCUGGAGAAACUGGCUGAAACAUCCCUUAAGAUGGCUGUUGAGGAAAUUGCCAUCGUGUCGACACAGGAUGACUUGCUGACCCUGCCCAAGUCAAUGCUUCUUAUUCUUCUGUCCCUACAACAGAAACUCGUCAUGGACGAUGUCUGUAAGACCAUCCUGCGCUGGGUUGAAGCGGAUCAAGAUACAAGACAGAUUCAUCUGGUGGAACUACUUCCUUUUAUUUGCUUUACCGAUCUCAGCUCAAAUUAUUUAUGCGAGAUGGUCACCUACCUCAACCAUCCUUUCAGAGAUGUCAUAUAUGACAAAUUUUGCGAAAGCUUGACUUACUACAUUAAAGGUCAACAAAAUAACGAUGCAAAAGUCAGAAGGAGGAUUCUCGCGCGACAGCCUCAGCCUCGGCCUCUAAACACACCAGAAAUCCAGAACCGUGCUGUUAUGUUUGGAGGUUACACUGAGAGUGACAAAACGUUGAAGGACACAUACGCUUUUGAUCUGAAAAACAGUUUUAUGGAGCGUUACAGUCUAGCCCCCAUGCCUGAAGAUAUUGGACUGGACUUUGCCAGCUGCAGUUGGUAUAAUGAGAUUUAUGUCAGUGGCGGCUCCCAGCUACCCACCUUCUUUGCUGUCUAUAAACCAGGUGACAACGAGUGGGAGGUGCUGCCCUCUCUACCAGAUGAAGGUCGAGAACAACACGCCAUGGCUGCUAUCAGUUCUUCCAUUUAUGUUCUUGGUGGUCGUCAAAAAACUGCUGAUGGCGAGAAAACGAUUUCGUCAAGUGUCCUACGGUACAACACAAAGACCAAAGAAUGGAGCGUGUUCUGUCAGCUGACCUUAGGUGUUCGAGAGACCACCGCCGCUACUCUCGGUCACCGCAUCUACCUGUUUGGUGGGGUAGAUAGUGAAGGAGCCAACACAGACCUGGUGCAGUGGGUGGACACCCUGGGUGGCUGCAUCUAUCAAGCCGGCAAACUUCCGACACCCACGUGCGGUGCGCGUGCACUGAGCACUGGAGGACGUAUUUACAUCGUGAGACCUGAAGGGGAUGUCUUGUCUAUGUGGGAGAGCUUUCUCUUGGCUGAACACACAGAAAGAGGUUUGCCUGACAGUAAGGAGAAGAAAGAAAAUAAUGAUCUCUCGUUUAACACGAUCAGUUCAACAGUCAGCUUUAGAGAGGUUGGCAAGUUCACUGGACGGCGUCACUUCAGCGCCUGUUUGAAUGGAGGGGAACUUAUUGUGUGUGGUGGCGAAACAGAUGAGCAACAACUGUUGGCGGAAUUUGAAUCGAUUUCAUUGGAAGACGGAAACACGUCAAAGAAAUCUUUGAUUCUGAUUACAGGGGCAGCCAAGUUUGAUCUCCAUUUAUUAAACAUCCCGGUGGAGUUCUUAAGAGGAACAGCCGUCACACAGCCAUUUCAGAUUGGGGACAAAGUGGUACUUCGCCUUAAUGAACUGCAAAUGCUUCAACUGGAAAUAUUGGGUCUAGCUCAACAGAAUAGUUUAUAUAAUAAUCUAUUUGGAAUUCCAAACGGAACUGGCUCUAUCACAGCACUUGCUGCUGAGUCGGUGACAGUCAAUUUCCCAAACAUUGAUGACUGGAAUGGCCUUACUACUCAACUCGAGCAUGCUCCAUGAUCAUCGCAACUAUUUCCUUCAUUCCUGCUGCUUUAUCUCUAAGUGGUUUGCUAAUAACUCCUAAUCUACUCCCACUGAUGCUAUUUCUACUUUUACUGAACGCAUGGAAGGGUUUACUGUGUUUAUUGCCAAUAAUUCUAGUCACUACAAAUUUUAAAAGUAUGAGAAAGUCAAUUUUGAAAUCGUGAGUACGAGACAAAAAAGAACAUUUAUUCUUUUAGCUAGUUUUGCCAAAUAAUGACCUGUCUUUUGUCAACUGCCUUCGGAUGCUCACCAAUCUACUGGUAGUGUUUUCAGUUUAUCUUUGUGGUGGGGUAGAUACAAAGGCAGAAAAUAUACAUCUGAUUCAGUGUAUGGACUCCUUUACGGUCGACCUUUAUCUGCACCUUUUAAUACGACUGCUCUGUUGUACGCAUCCGCGAACAGACGAACUUGAUUAUAAGCUUACACAUCUUUGACUACGAUAUUUUUUUCUUCUUAGUAAUUUUUGCUGAUUAAAAUCUAACACCAGAACCUUAACACUUUUUCGAACCCCAGACAGAGCCCUCAAACCUAACCCAGCACCUUAAACACUCUCAAGUUAUCUCUCUCACACACAUACACAUUUAUUUCCUACCCAUACGUAAAUAGCAAAUAACGGAAAUGAUCUAAAAAAGACAAUCAAAGAAGCAUUUUAGCAAGUAGAAUGUACAUUUAAAUCCUUUUUUUGCUCUGCUUGUAUUACUUAUAUGACUAUAUCCAAAUGCUAUUCACUUUUCCAAAUGUGUUGUUUUAAUCGCUUAUAUUUAGAGUUCUUUAAUUGCUGUUUACGAAUUAAACCCUUACUCCAGUAAAAAUUAGUUAUAGUAGCUUUAGUAAACCUGACUUGUGAAAAAUAGUUAUCUUUCUUAACCUUUAAACUUCAGAGAGAGUGCUUCGUUGAGUAUAUGCGUGAAGGAGAAAAAAGGGUUUAAAAAAUCCUAAAUUAAGAUCAGUCAGAGAAAUAUGACUUAUCGUAGAAAGCUCGGUGUAUUAUGCUUAAAAAAGUAAAAGAAACUGAAAUAUGUUAAAAAAACAAGCACUUUCUGAAGGUGAUAAUGAUAACAUAGUCCUAGCAAAGAAAGACAACACACAUUAAUAAUUCCGAUAGCGAUAAGAAGAAAACCACCUGUGUCAAUCCUUCUUUAAGAAGCUCAGUGUACUAUAAAGUAAAAUGAAGUAAAAAAAUUAAAAAAAAACUAAUUACCAUUAAUAAAGUUAAUAAGUACGAAUUUUUAGACAUAAAAUAGUCAUUACUUCCUGUCUGUACAGUCUUCUAAUGUUGGAAAUUGCUGUGUGGCCUGUUAUUUUUGUAUGAAAUAUUUGCCAUCAAAUGAUUUGUAAUCAAGAUCGUGUAACUAUUUGUCAAAGACCGUGUAUCUUAAAACUGAAUUUAAUUUUCUGUAAUAAUCAAGACAAUAAAAUAUCAAACUCCUUGAA